AGGGUGUAACUGACUGAGAGUGAAAUCAACGCUCUGCAUCUGAGGAUGUAUUAGUACUUCCUGGUUUCCAUAGAAAGCUAACAUCAGGGAGAACAUUUUGAUGAUAUUCUGGUUUCCAUGACAACUGGGGUAAGCCAUUCCUUCCUGGAGACAGAAAUAUUUAACAAGGAUAUUUACAGACUGGAGAGAUGGAGUAACUGUAGAAACAUCGAGACUAGUCGGUGUCUGCUAUCAAUAUUGACAUUAGGGGUGCAUACGUCCUGGGUAUCUAUCUACAUUUGAUGUCAUUUGAUCCCUGGAAGGACAGCGCACCUCAGAAGCACAGAGCAGAAUAAAGGGUCUGCUGGACACGCAGUUGGAGCGUAUGAAUCAACAGAUGCAGCUCACAGAACCACACCUCCCAGGAUUUACGUGGCAUUCAUACUCUCCAAUAUAGUCCGUUCAAAACACAGGCUCCAGCGACCCUGGGAGAUUCAGGUGAAGAAAGACAGGCCACAUAAGGUGUAAACCCUUUGUGGUCCUAGGCCAAAAGGUGUGGUGAAGAACAUUGCUUUAGGGAACACCUGCCAUGGCUGUGGGUAUGACGGCCAGACCCUUCAACCUCUAUUAAUUCCGUCUUGAGAGGAAACUCAAAUCAUAAUGGCUGCUGAGUAUAUCCUAUGCAAUUGGAAAGGCCACAUUUGGCCAGCAAAGGUUUUGUCCAGAUCUGGGAUCUCACCAAAAUAUAUGAGGAAAAGAGCACUUUCUCUAGAAGUUCAAAUACUCUCAGUAGGUAAAAAAAUUAAAGUGAAAAGCACAGACAUAAAGCUCCUAAAUGAGUCUCAAAUUGAAUCCGUUACCUCCUUGCUAGUGGCCCAGUCAAAGGCCAGUGUUCCACCAGGACAGAAAGUGGCCUACAGAAAUGCUCUUAAAGUGGCACUGGAGAUCCUGAAUAAGAGAGCAAAUUUCGGUCCAGCAAGAGCAUCAGAUGGUCUAGAGACCACUACACCAUCUCAAAGGGGACCACCAAUGCAAGCUCAUAAAAAGUACCGGAAGCCUAAAGGUACCUUACUGAGGAGUCUUAGGAAAAGAAAAAACCUCAAAUCGCUGCUGGUGCGUUCACAGACUAAAAACGCCCCAGACAGUGGCCGAUCGCAGGCGCACACAACCAACACGCAUACACUAAGGGAAAGGCGAGCAAAGUCCUCGCGAAGCUGCAGCAUGUGCUCAAAGUUCCCAUCACUUUCGGAAGAUGAUCAUAAGACAGGAGGCCGACCACACGCACAUGCAACGGUCACGUGUACUCUAAGGGAAAGGCCAGCAAAGUCCUCGCGAAGCUGCAGCGUGUCCUCAAAGUUCUCAUCACUUUCAGAAGAUGUUCAUAAGACAGGAGGCCGACCACACGUGCACACAACGGUCACGCGCACUCUAAGGGAAAGGCGAGCAAAGUCCUCGCGAAGCUGCAGCGUGUGCUCAAAGUUCCCAUCACUUUCGGAAGAUGAUCAUAAGACAGGAGGCCGACCACACGCACACACAAUGGCCACGCGUACACUAAGGGAAAGGCGAGCAAAGUCCUCGCGAAGCUGCAGCAUGUGCUCAAAGUUCUCAUCACUUUCAGAACAUGAUCAUAAGACAGGAGGUCAACCACACGCACAUGCAACGGUCACGUGUACUCUAAGGGAAAGGCCAGCAAAGUCCUCGCGAAGCUGCAGCGUGUCCUCAAAGUUCUCAUCACUUUCAGAAGAUGUUCAUAAGACAGGAGGCCGACCACACGUGCACACAACGGUCACACGCACUCUAAGGGAAAGGCGAGCAAAGUCCUCGCGAAGCUGCAGCGUGUGCUCAAAGUUCCCAUCACUUUCAGAAGAUGAUCAUAAGACAGGAGGCCGACCACACGCGCACACAACGGUCACGCGUACACUAAGGGAAAGGCGAGCAAAGUCCUCGCGAAGCUGCAGCGUGUGCUCAAAGUUCUCAUCACUUUCAGAACAUGAUCAUAAGACAGGAGGUCAACCACACGCACACGCAACAGUCACGUGUACUCUAAGGGAAAGGCGAGCAAAGUCCUCGCGAAGCUGCAGCAUGUGCUCAAAGUUCUCAUCACUUUCAGAACAUGAUCAUAAGACAGGAGGCCGACCACACACACACACAACGGUCACGCGUACUCUAAGGGAAAGGCGAGCAGAGUCCUCGCGAAGCUGCAGCCUGUCCUCAAAGCUCCCAUCACUUUCGGAAGAUGAUCAUAAGACAGGAGGCCGACCACACGCACACACAACGGUCACGCGUACUCUAAGGGAAAGGCGAGCAAAGUCCUUGCGAAGCUGCAGCGUGUGCUCAAAGUUCUCAUCACUUUCGGAAGAUGUUCAUAAGACAGGAGGCCGACCACACACACACACAACGGUCACGCACAGGAGGCCGACCACACACACACACAACGGUCACGCGUACUCUAAGGGAAAGGCGAGCAAAGUCCUCGCGAAGCUGCAGCCUGUCCUCAAAGUUCUCAUCACUUCUGGAAGAUGA